GCACGAGGUUAUGGAGCUCAUUCUAUGCCUCUAUGAAGCUCAAUUAGGAAAGAAGAGGGAUAAAACAAGGGAAAUGGAAGAGCAGCUGAGGGCUGACAUAGCUGCCUUGGACGCAAAGGAAAAUGAGCUUUUGAUACUUGUGAGUGAGAGGGAUCAGAAGCUUGCGGUCAAAAAAGCUGUGGACAAAUUGGUGUCUGAAUUUCUUCAAGCUGAGGAUAACAAAAAUUUUGAUGCCCAGGAAGCUAUGAAGAAGGAGAUUGUAGCUUUGCUCGGACAUCACGAUGGAGGCAACACAGCAGGACCUGACACCAGGGUUAACGGAGACAAUAUUGGGGAGCUUGACAACGCUCAGAACCAGGAUGAAGGGACUGUGACAGCGGAUGAUAUUAGCUACUAGAAACGGCGGUGACUACGGUGGCUCCAAUAACUUAAAUAAGGAUGAUGAUGGACUGCACUAC